AUGGACUCUCAAGCACAAUCCCAAUACCCCUCAGACGGGCCUACCGCUUCACGACAUAACCACACGGGUACGGGUCAUAACCCCUUUCAAUAUAACAACAACCACAAUCAUAAUCAUCUUCCCCUGACGUUUUCCGCAUCUCCUUCUGCGGGGUACGCGAGUUCACCCACAUCGGUGUUUUCUUCUGGGGUACACCAACAGCAGCAGCCGGGACAGUGGGGCCAUACUACGCAUCGUUCGGGUGCUACCGCUAUGGACGAAGUGUUACAGCCACCGCACCACCCACAAAGCACUUCGAAAAGCUUGAAGCGGGAUUCAAUGUCCCAGCCUAACAACAAUACGAAAGCGGAGUCGUCGUCGACGAAUGGACAUGGACAUCAUGCAAGUGACGAUCCGAUGCCUUCUACGAGUGAUUUUGUGAAAAAGUUGUACAAGAUGUUGGAAGACCCGACGUUUCAGGAGGUUGUUUCGUGGGGACCUGCGGGGGAUUGUUUUGUCGUCAAGGAUAUGAACGAGUUCACGAAAUCGAUACUCCCCCGGAUGUUCAAGCACUCCAACUUUGCGUCUUUUGUACGACAGUUGAAUAAAUACGACUUUCACAAGGUCAAGAAUACGGAUGAUAAUCAGUUUGGUGAACAUAGCUGGACGUUCCGCCACCCAGAUUUCCACGCAGACAGACGCGACGCACUUGAAAACAUAAAACGCAAAGUCCCCGCACAAAGGAAAUCCACCUCCUCCUCGCACCCACCACCACCUCCCACCAUCACCUCCUCCUCCUCUCACCCACCUCCCUCCUCCUCAUCUCUCGUCUCAUCCCCCACCUCCUCCCACCACCCCCCCUCCGCUUCCGUCGACUUCCUCCAAGCGGAGAUCAGAAGACUCAAAAACGACGGGGAGGAGCUCAGGACGAGGCUGAGGAGCCUUGAGAGGAAUUAUGAGAAUGUUUUGGUGGAAAUGGUGGGGUUUCAGAGGGGGAUGGCGCAGCAGGAUGGGUUGAUGCAGAGUUUGAUUGCGUAUUUUUUGGGGAAUGAGAGUGGUGAGUAG